CCAUUUCUCUCUAAAACCAAUUGAGAUCAUUGGGAGGCCGCAGCCUGGCGUAAAAGUGUGCUCGUUCUCCCAUCUUUGGCUGCGAUCGAAACCAAUUUAACUGAGGUUGAUGGCCUUUUCGGAAUUCUUGGCAGCGGCAGCAGACGGCUCCCAUCUUCUGCUGCCUCUCUCUGUAGAGACGAUUGAUUUCCAAUCCAAACAUCGAGCUGGUGACCCAGUUCAGGAUCGCUCAGCUGCAUUUUUGGCCCGGGAAUAAAAUCAGAGAUGCUAGUGAUGUCUUAGGUUCAUCGUGGGUGUCUCAUGGCUCAAGGAAGUGCUGCUUGCUGUCCUAAUUGGACUGGCUUGUGUUGGCAUUGUGGUUUAAUUUUGAUUUGAUUGCAAUUUAUUCAUGCAAAUACAGAGAGGCUACUUAAAGAGGAAGAUGGUCCUUGUCCUCGUUGGUUUGCCAUUGCUUUCCCCGCCAUGAUUGAGCUUGCGCAAGCUGCAGCCUUGGAUGUGUUUCCCGAUGGCUUGGUGGAAUUAGUGGACAAAAUCUUCGGGGAGAGAUGGAGGAUACUUGAAAUGGAAAAAUAUUUAGAUGGAGCUUAUUAUCCCCCACUCUUAUCAUAUAUGGAAGCAUUGCCGGAUAAUUAUUUAAGUUGCGAGCAUAUACUUAAGCAUCUGAGCGAAGAUGGUUCCUUGUUUCAGUCACCUUCUGCCACUGCUCAGGCUUUCAUGGCUACAAGAAAUAAAGAUUGUAUGGUGUACUUGGAAUCUGUGGUCCAAAGAUGCAAGCACGGAGUUCCACCGGUGUAUCCUAUCGACGAAGAACUUGUAAAGCUUUGCAUGAUCGAUCGAUUGGAGAGACUGGGUUUGGCAGAGUACUUUCCAGAGGAAAUUGAAGGGGUUUUGUAUGGCAUCUAUAGGAAUUGGAGAAAGCAAGAAUCAGAAGCAAUGUUAGAGUCCAUAACCCCACAACAGAUGAUCAAGGAUUCGUUAUCAUUCCGAAUUUUGCGAAUGAAUGGCUACCGUGUAUCUCCAAGGAGGUUUUGUUGGUUCUUGCAACAUGAGGAUAUUAAAAAACAAAUUGAAGAAAACUGCGAAUAUUUCUCAACUGCAAUGUUAAAUGUUCACAGAGCGACAGACCUCAUGUUUAUUGGUGAAAAUGAACUUGAGGAUGCUAGAGCAUUCUCAAGAAAGUUACUGGAGAAGGAAAUGGCCAUGAGAAAUGCAAAGAAUAGUGUUGCUAUGUCCAAUUUUCACAAAGAGAUUGAACAUGAAUUAAUGCUUCCAUGGCUUGCUCGAUUGGAUCAUCUGGAACACAGAGUGACCAUUGAAAGAACCAAAACAAACUAUCUAUGGAUGGGAAAGGCCUCCUAUUAUAGCAGGUUAUCUUUCCUAAACGACACUAUGCUGCUACAACUAGCAAAGGACAACUAUGCACUACGUCAAUCGACUUUCAAGAAUGAACUGGAGGAGUUGACAAGGUGGUCUAAGGAGUCAGGUCUUCGUGACAUAGGAUUUGGUCGAGAGAAGACCACUUACUGUUACUUUGCCAUUGCAACUCUUGCAUACAGUCCUUCACUUUCUGAUCUACGGAUGGCGGUUGCUAAGAGUGCAAUCCUUGUUACAGUGAUUGAUGAUUUCUUUGAUAUGGAAGGUUCGAUGGACGAGUUAAAUCAACUCACUGAAGCAGUCGAGAGAUGGGAUGCGGAGGGACUGAGUGGCUACAACAAGGUCAUCUUCGAUGCACUUGACAAUUUCAUCAAUGAUAUUGCUGCAAAAUCAUUGCACAAACAAGGGCGUGAUGUUGCAGAUAAUCUUCGAGGCGUGUGGCACGAAACAUUUGUGUCAUGGCUGAAGGAAGCCAAAUGGAGCAGAAUGCGAAUUGCACCGUCCAUAGAUGAAUAUAUCCAGACCGGCAUGAUCUCCGUUGCUGCACAUACUAUUCUUCUUCCCGCAAUUUAUUUGAUGAGCCCAAGGUUAUCAAAAUGCCUGAUCAGGCAAUCCGACACUCAAAUUAUUACAAAGCUUCUCAUGGUUAUAACACGACUACUGAAUGACAUGCAAAGCUACCAGAAGGAAGAAGCGGAUGGGAAGAUGAAUAUUGUACUUCUAUACAUGAAGGAGAACCCAGAAGCCAAUAUUGAAUACUCAAUAUCUAGUAUAAGAAAGAUACUCGAUGUGAAGAAGAAAGAGUUGCUUGAACUUGUUCUAAUGGAUGAGUUCAACUACAUGCCCAAAGCAUGCAAACGACUCCAUUUGUUUUGCUUAAAAGUAUUUCAGAUGUUCUUCAACUCCAGCAAUGGGUACGACUCUCCAACUGAGAAGCAUGAUGACAUCAACAAAGCAAUUUACAACCCUUUAACAGUGCAAGUUCAAUACUCACUCCAGCAAGAAACUGUCCAAGAUCACCAUGGAUCAAUGAAGGACAAUGCAAGUAUCAAGCCCUCAAUUGCUGGAUGUUUCCCAGAUCAUGGUAGCAAAAUAUCUACCCUAAGAAAAAUGACCCGAUUGGGUCGGGAAGAUUGGUGCAAAAGAUUUCACUCUAUGUUGCCACGUUAUAUAGACAUCAAACCAUUCAGAAACAGAAGCUUGAUCCUUGGUCGUCAAGUCCCUUUGAAAUUUCAGUUAAGAUCAUACCAUAGGAUAUUAAUGCCUUGUAGUGUGGCUAAACCUGUAUUUUGGUCAUAAGACACUGGUUGAAUUAGGCUUUUUACAUGAAGAUUGUACUGUUGGGUACUCUUGUAGUAUGGCUUUAGUUCUAUUUCAAAUUUCCUAUUGUAAUAAUAAAGAGUUCAACCUUUUCUAAAUAGAGUGGGAGUUGUAUUUGUUAUAGCCUA